AUGGAUGAAAAAGCAAGAAGUUUAAAAAUCAAUAAGAACAUGGUGGAUUUCGAAAACGAGGACGACGAAAUGGUCCUAAGGAGAGGUCCAUGGACCGUUGAGGAAGAUUUCAAGCUUAUCAAUUACAUUGCUACUCAUGGUGAAGGUCGAUGGAACUCUCUAGCUCGUUGCGCUGGACUCAAACGGACCGGAAAAAGCUGCAGACUACGGUGGCUAAACUAUCUGCGACCAGACGUCCGCCGUGGAAACAUAACCCUUGAAGAACAACUCUUGAUUCUUGAACUUCACUCCCGUUGGGGCAAUAGAUGGUCUAAGAUCGCACAAUAUUUACCAGGAAGAACAGAUAACGAGAUCAAAAACUAUUGGAGGACUCGUGUCCAAAAGCAUGCAAAACAGCUUAGAUGCGACGUGAACAGUCAACAGUUUAAAGACACCAUGAGAUUUCUUUGGAUGCCUCGGCUUGUAGAACGGAUCCAAGCCGCCUCCGUUUCAACCUCCACGUCCUCUUGCGUCACCACCUCCUCGGAACAGUUGAUGAUUACCGGAGUCAACAACAAGAGCUGCAUGGAACAUGUGGGAUUAAUGAGUAACCCUAAUGGCUACAUCUCACCGGAAAAUUCCAGCGUGGCAGUAUCUCCGGCAUCGGAUUUGUCCGAGUGUCAUGUGGCCAGUAAAGGAGGGAAGAUUGGGAGUAACUAUAAUCCGUAUCAGGAUUUGGUAGGUCAACAAAUGUUAUGGCAGAAUUGUUUGGAUAACAAUGGAUUAUUAAACGGAGAUUCAACGGCAAUGCAGGAGCAAAGCUACGUUAAUUGGUUCGAAAAUAUUAAUGGGAUACCUUCUUAUAGUUCGGACAGUUUUUGGAACAUUGGAAGUGAUCAAGACUUUUGGCUCUUACAGCAACAGCUCCGCAACAAUGGAAGCUUCUCAAUAGAAAAAAAUAGUUAA